AAAACGAAACUGUUUUGUUGAAAAAUGGCGGAGGCCGCUUCCGUAAUUAGAGUGAAGUUGGAUUUACGGUGCGCGAUUCCACACCGCGACGCUCACAAUUUGGUGUGGAUCGUCGUCGAUAGAGCGCAGACAGCGACGAUCAAACAGUUAUCAAAGUUGAUACGAACCAAGUACGGCGUUCCAAAGAAAAGUGAGCUCUACCUCGACGAUGCGUGGCUGCCACCUGACGAGCCCCUACAGAUCUUGAGAGACAAAGAUACCGUGAGAGUUGUCACUCCUGCCCAGCAGUCAUCAAACUCAAGUUCCCGCCCCAAUGAUGACCCGGGUCCAACAACAGCAACAGAUAAACCUGUGGAGGAGAAGAAGAAGAAGAAGAGAAAGCGGGAACCCUCGGAAAGCACCGAUGCACCCGAGGUUGAAGCUGCCCACGUUUCAAGCGCUCCCGGGAACGACGACUCCACUUCGACGUCGUCAACGCUGAAACAGGGUGGAAAGCCUUGCUUUCCAGCUGCGCAGCUGCAGGGCUCGCCCACAUUCCAGUACGAGCCAAUCUGUUCAACCCCACAGGAUCUGAGCGUAGGGAGCGCACCGGGAUGGCCCGUGCCCACUCCAGAUCCCAGCCCGGCGGGAUCUGGAAGUCCUGCCAAGAAGAAGCGGAGGCCAAGGCGCAAGAAGAAGAAGCCAGAUGAAGGAGCACAAGUUGCCGCAUCGCCAAGCUUGCCACCACCAGAUAUGAUCUGCGCUUUUCCAAGGCAAGCUCAUACAAAUUCGUCAAGCGGAAAGCACCUUCGUUUCGAUGGCAGCAUGUCGGAGGAAGAGGGAGUAGCUCCUCAGCAGAUUGCCCUGUCCAUGGUUGUUGAAGAACAGCAUUGCGCUGUUAGCGCGGCUGCACCGACAAAGAGCGCCGAGCCGGAGAGUCAGCCUUCGCUCACAAAUGGUCAAACGUUGUGGGCACCAAUUGCAGCGAGCUGCUAUGGUGCCGUCCCACCCCCUGCAGAAGCUUCCACGCCGAAAGCCACAAUUCAAAAGUUGGUGGAGGACCACAAGGCACCGUCAAGUAGUGACUGUACGGACGGCUCAUCCAAACAAGUCAAGGACUACUCAAAUUACCCAACGCUCAAGGUGCCGCCGAAGGUGGGAGACAUCAUAGCAUUCAAGAUACUGGAACUGGAUGCCAACUACUGUCCGAAUGUGUCCGACUACAAGGAAGGAAAGGUUCUACAACACAACCCUGUGAGCGAUUUUGUGCGCAUUGAACUGAGACAAGCCGAGGCCAAGAAGACUUAUGGUGGCAAGUUCGAACUUGAGGCGCCCGAAGAAGGAAUGCCUCCGAUGGAAAAAGUGGUUUCAUUACUGUGGACUGAGCUCCUUGAGCCUGUUGUGCUGCCAUCAUGAAGUACAAGACUCUCUUAACACAUUAAUAAAGCAGUUCACAAGA